UUUCUUUUCUUUCAGGAAUUCACCGUGAACCCCAUUUGUGCGCUAUGCUGGAGAAGUAUUUGAAGCAGCACGUGAUCACAGUGAAGACAUAUCCUCCUGCGGUGUUUGCCCAAAGGCGCCGCCUGUGCGAGAAACGGUGUCGUCCCUGCACUAACGUGGCUUUCACCGACGGCUUUGCUACAGUGAGGACCCACAGCGUUUUGCUCGCCGAGUCUAGCCCGGUGUGGAGUGCCUUUUUUGGUGGACCUCAUCUGCCUCGAAAAAGAGCCGUGGUUUUGGGAGUGCCUGGGCCAGAGCUAGAGCUGCUCCAGUGCAUCGUGCCCUUUUUGUACUCGGGCGUGCUGCGGGCCAGCCACGGUCUGGUGGGCCAUGUUGUCGACUAUAUGGUGGAGAAGAGGGUCGUGGGCGGCCAGGAUCUGCUGCACACACUCAAAAAGUUCGCUCACAUUCCUGCGUUUUCACCAAAAGUCAGACUCCCCACGUUGCCCGGCCUCAAAGCGUGUCCUUGUCGAGGAAACAGGUACGGGGCCAUGCCGAGGGCGUUGUAUGUUAUGCACCAGCGCCGACUGCGACUUCCACGGGCAGCUUCAGCCAGAGAUGAUGAUGAAGAAGAGCACCGGGUGCUGAUGGCGUCGGAAGAUACCGAAUCCGAACACCCUGCGUUGCCUGAAGAAAAUUUAACUGAGAUGGACGUGGAUCCGACUGAGAUGAGUCAGGUGUCUUCCGGAUAUGGAAGUCUCAUCCUGGGAUCUUCGCUGGGUUCAAUUUCGGUACCAUCGUCUAUGAAAGAUGGGACGUCAUCGUCGUCUCCGUCCUUCUCAGUGGCAAGCAGAGCAUCCUCUCGAAUCAGCGCCUCGUCUUCCUCUGUCAUCAGUCGCAAGAAGCCGGCUGCUCUAACCUACACCCCAGUGACGAGCGCCAUCUCCAUGGAAGAGGCACACGCCAACAUGCCCGAGGACGUGAACAGAGACGUGCCACUCGUCCGCGUGGACAGCGUCAUCUGGCGGGGCAAGAACGUGAAAACUGGCCGUGCUGUACAAAACAGACAACACAACAGAGAUCUGCUACGAAUCGCAGCACACGUUGUUCUGUGGGCUUUGGAGCCCACGCCACGCUCUUCGAACCUUCCUCCUCCUUUCUUGAUUGGAACCUCCGACCCGGUAGUCGGUGUUACGACAUACCGAGCGCGUGCCACGCCGUACCCGCAUACGGUUAUUGUCAAUGUGCCCGAGUGUGCAAGGCAUGCUUGGGUCACGUGA